AUGUCAGAUGCGCCUGUCCUGGCGAGUGCAGCCAACAAUAAAGCCAUUGCUGCCAACUUGCGCAACACAUUCCCAUCACCGUAUACUCUUUCAGUUGCUCAAAACUUCCUCGCCAACAUGGCCUGUAAGCCAGACGGCACAUCUCAUCCGUACCACAACGGCCUCUUUCUCAAACCCAACACGACCGAGAACCCAUCAGCGGAGCCCCUCUUUAUCGGAGCCAUAGGCGCAGUGCCUAAAAACGAUAUGUACUUUCGUACGUGGGAGAUUGGCUACUGGCUGGCUGAGCCGGCUUGGGGCAAAGGUUACAUGCCAGAGGCUGCAAAGGCAUUCGUACGGUGGUGCUUCAAGACGUGGCCCGAGUUGAACAGAAUUGAGGCUGUGGUUAAAGAAGGGAAUGUUGCGGGCUUGGCUAUAUUGAAGAAGAUGGGAUUCACACAUGAAGGCGCAAGACGAGGUGCUAUUUUCAAGAAUGGUGAGAUCCUGGAUGAAAUUCAGUUCGGAUUUCUGAGAAGCGACUUGGAGCAUGAGAACGAAUCAAGAUAG